GAUACGGGUUGUCUCAAACGAACAUCAGUCAUCGUUUAAUUUAGCGCCACUGAUUAGUUAUGGUACAAUGUCAGGACUUUUUAACGCUAGCGUUCAAACAGCAAGCUAACCAGCUAACAGUUAGCUUAUAGCUAACUGAGUUGUCAGCCACAGUAGAAAACAGCUUUGCCGGAAAACAACAGCCGAACUAUUCCGUUACCUUAUGUGAACGACCACUAGGGAGGUAGUUAAUAUUUAACGACAGUUAGAUUGCAAAUGCCAAACACGCAAAACGGCGUAUUUUUCUUCAUAAUCUAGUAGAUAACCGCUAACAUUGUUUUGUAGCUAACCGAACGUUAACGUUCCUUCUGCACAUGAAAUGUGCAACGCAAUCGGGUAUCUUUGGCAAAACAACAGUUUCGACCAGGAAGCGUUAACGGAAAUAAGGUUAAUGCUAAUUCUUACAAUUUAAACGUUAUCCAACGCUCGACGGUUAGCUAGUUACUUAGCUAACUAACGUUUAAUCUUAUUUGCGAUUUGGUGGUGAGGAGACAGCUCGUAAAUUGUCAACCAGCAAAGUGUCUAAAGGCAUCAAGUAAUGUUAGAAGACGAAGCAGGCAAGGCAAUCCGUGAUGGACUCCCGGUCACGCAGACUUCCUUUUUGUCUGCCCAGCUCAAGGUCGUCCUACACAUCCAGUCCAACACUCUCCUCCUCAUCACUGGGCUCCAGCAAUUUGUACAGUAGGGAGACAGUGCUGAAUAAUGACCGCUUCCCGAGGGCAUCAUCAGCUUACAAAGCAGACCUGGACCAACCGAGUUCUCGUCUCCUGAGGUCGUCCAGAGACUACAGCAGCUCUGACAGUCGCUCCACCAGCUGGAAGUUGCCCUCUUCUCUGACAUCCUCCAGCAGAUCUUAUGAUCGCCCAUGGGCUGAAUCCUCUCUCAGCAGCAGGAGCAAACUGACUGAUUCUGAGGGGAGGUUGGGGAUGCGCUCAGUUCUGUUAAACUCCAGUGAUGAUGGUGACUCUAAAAGGGCCAAACUGUCAUACAGCAACAGAGGACUGUACUCAAAACCAGCCAGCACCUCAGUCACAGGAUCCACCUAUUCCAGUAAUGGGCUUAGCAGUGGCAGAGGUGAAAAACAAAAUGACACAUUUGAUUCAUCGUGGAGGUCAUGCCAUUUACUCUCACGGUCAUCAUCUUCCUCCUCAAAGCCGCUGUUGUCCAGGAGAGAGCUAGAGAUAAAGAACGAGCCCAGUCUCUCAGGUUUGGGAGAAAGAAGGAUUAGGACUCCUGGAUUGGCUUCCUCAUUGUAUCAGACAGACAGGGUGACCUCCACAUAUGCACAGGGAGCUCGGCCUAAAGAGACUGCCUACUCUCCUUCCUCAUCCUCCUCCUCCUCCUCCUCUUCCUCUUCCUCCACUGCUAGAGAAAGCUCCCUAAAUCACCACCUCUCAUCUUCCACCUCCCACCGGUCUUCUCCUCUGGUGCGUGACUUCAGCAACAGAACCACAGCCUGUUUCUUGAACGGCUCAUCCACCCUCCGCUCAUCUCAGGAACAAACAGGAAAUCCUAAAUCCUCCUCAGAUAUCUCCUCCUCUUACUCCUGCCACACCCCCUGGUACACCACUCCCCUGGCCAGACCAGAGGCCACGCUCCCUCCCAGGCCGGCCCCUGAGGGUGCAGAGCCAGAGGGCCGUCGCUCCACUCGACGCCUAUUGUCCCGUCUCUUUUCACGGCGCUCCAGUCAAGACUCUUCUAGUGGGUCUUCCAGUGUUCGCUCCCUUGAUGAUGAUAGUCCAUCAACUGGUGGAGAGUCUGUGGACAGUGAUGAAGGAGCCAGGAUGUUUAGUGUGGAGUCUGACACAGGAGGGCCAGAGGCAACCUUGGGUAGCCUCAGGAAUCGUAGAGCAGACCUCGCCCCUAUCCAGGAAAACAACAGCGAUGGCUAUCGUAGUGACCUGGCUCAGUCCAGAAUGGGAUUGUGGAGAGAGCCUGGUGUUGGCAGUAGUAAUAACACCAGCAGUGGAGGAGGCAGCAGCUCCUCCUGGCUUUCCUCCUCCCUCCGUGGCCGCUGCCCUUCCCUCCUCUCUCGUCUCAGAAGACAUACUAGGAACGAGAGUGCACACUCAGCUGCAGGCUUAGAAGAAGGCUACAGCCGUCCGCAGCAUUUACUGAGAAGGUGGGAUAACCUUGAGCAUAAAGCAUCACAGGAAGAUGAAGAUGAGGAUGAAGAGGAAGAGGACGAGGAGAAAGAAGAAGGAGCAGUUGGUUUAGAGGCCUUUGCCACAGGCCAUCCCUGCAGAGUCAAGGAUGAAACGUUACCUGAACUCGAAGAUGCCUCGGUUGAAUUUUCGCCACGGCGCAGAGUUGGAGUAUAUGAAAACAUUUCAGUUUCUAUGGGUCCAUUGAGUGGUGUUGAGAGCCAGCUGGAUGGCCAGAAGGAGGAGCCCGUUUCUAGUAGGGAUCAAGAGAAGCUGCGCAAGAUCAAGGAGAGACUGCUUCUGGAGGACUCUGCCGAGGAAGAAGGCGACCUGUGCCGAAUCUGCCAGAUGGUGGAGGACUCGGCGUCCAACCCCCUGAUUCAGCCUUGCCGCUGUACAGGGAGUCUGCAAUACGUCCACCAGGACUGUAUCAAGAGGUGGCUUCGCUCCAAAAUUGGCUCAGGCACAAACCUUGAGGCCAUCACAACAUGUGAACUCUGCAAGGAGAAACUGCAUUUGAACAUAGACAACUUUGACAUUCAUGAGUUAUACAGGACACAUGUCCAAUCAGAAUAUGAUGAAUUCAUCAGCAGCGGCCUCUAUCUGGUGGUGCUGCUGCACUUCUGUGAGCAGAGGUUCUCCGAUGUCCUGGGAGCAGUUGAUGCAGCUGGGUUAUUCAACCUGGUGAGAAUUCUUCAUGAACACAUGGACAAUCUUGAAAUUCCCCAUGGUGAAAGUGACGAGGAGAUCCAAGACAACAGACCAUCUAUUGAGUUUUCUGACCUGGACGACGAUCUUGAAGAGGAGUACUAAAUGAGGGUAAAAAAGUGGGUCAGAGGAUCUGAAGUUGCAGGGCUACUCCAUGCCAUAUGGUAGCUCACCCAGUUUUCACACAUGCUUUGACAUCGUCAUAUUCAUCUGAAAUGCAAGGGCAGUGAGAAAUGCCAAACGCACAGAACAUGUCUCGCCUUUGUUGCAGGUGGCUUUUGCACUUAUGCAAACUCAAAAUGAAUUAGUGUGUAAAAAUAUUUUGGUUGACACCACCGUAUUUCUUUCUAUGAGUGCACUUUCAUCAUAAUCAUAAUAAAAUAAAAAUGCAAGUCUUUUUAACUGUUAUACCACAAGUGCUUUUAAUGUUUAAAUAAAAAGGCAGAAAUUUAAAUGGCAUAGAAGGACAACAGUGACAAGUGUCAAUUUGUACUUAAGCUGUGAUGGUGAGACUGAUGCUUUUGGGAGAGAAUAUAAAAGGUGGCUGUUAUUCCUUUUGUCUGUUUUCCUCUGACUUUUCCCACUGAGAAUGUAUUUAAAAAAACAACAAAGAACUUAUCCUAUCAAUGAAUUUUCUCCAUCUUUGUGUUUGAAAUGCUUUAUGUAUGUACAAAUCUAGUUUCAUGCUUUCAAUUUCGGAAUAAAGAUUGAAUGCAAACUGC